AGAUAGAGAACAGACAGAGAGACGGGAAUAGAGAGAGAGAGAGAGAGAGAGAGAGAAGGGGGGAGAGAGCAGAGCAGAGAGCGAACCGUUUGAGAGUCCGUUUAUUCGGUUGGGUUUUGUAUAUACGUAUCGUAUAUAUAUAUAUGUGAAGGGGAAAACCAGAGAGCGAUGGUGUCGGACCAGGAGAUAGCCAAGGGAGUGGAGACUGUGCUCCGUCAAUCGGACCCUAACGCCGUCACAACCCUUAACGGCGUCUUGCAGCAGCUCGAAGCGAAGCUAGGGUUAGACCUCUCCCACAAGGCCACCUUCGUCAGGGACCAGAUCAACUUUCUCCUCCGUUCGCAUCCGCAUCCGCAGCCGCAACCGCCGCCGCCGCCUAAAGACCAUUUUGCCCUUCCCUACCACCCCCAAUUCCCUCCCCAUUUCGCCCUCCACCAGCAGCAGCAGCAGCAGCAGCAUCACCACCACCUUUACCGCGCCUCCGAGGAGCUCUCCUUCCGCAACCCUCAGCCGCCCCUUCUAGCAAAAAGGGAGCCAAAUGUUCAGAAUGCGCCUGCUAAUUCCUCCUCGGUUCCCAAGGAAAGUGCCCCAGCUAAAACCAAAAGAAGAGGAGGACCAGGAGGUCUAAACAAGGUUUGUGGUGUUUCACCUGAGCUUCAGGCUAUUGUUGGAGAGCCAGCCCUUUCAAGAACCGAGAUUGUGAAGCAGCUGUGGGCAUAUAUUAGGAAAAACAACCUACAGGAUCCAAGUAACAAGAGGAAGAUAAUAUGCGAUGAUGCAUUGCGUGUAGUAUUUGAGACAGACAGCACUGAUAUGUUCAAGAUGAAUAAACUGCUUGCCAAACAUAUUAUUCCACUCGGACCUACAAAAGCAUCUGCUCAAGCUAAAAGACAAAAGGUGGAAGUUGAGUCAGCAAAUGAAAAUGCUGAACCUGGUCCACCACCUGUUAUAAUAUCUGAAGCGCUUGCCAAAUUUUUUGGUACUGGAGAAAGGGAGAUGCCCCAGUCAGAAGUCCUCAAACGUGUUUGGGAGUACAUAAAGGUUAACCAAUUGGAGGAUCCUAUGAACUCAAUAGCAAUAGUAUGCGAUUCAAAGCUUCAGGAGCUUUUUGGAUGCGAAAGCAUUUCUGCAGUUGGCAUACCAGAGAUGUUGGCUCGCCAUCAUCUAUUCAAGCAAUGAUGCUUUCUGGUCGCCUGAAUCAGUAAGGGUGGAUACUGCCUUCGACGAGCUGUUGGUGACGGGUAGCUGAUGAACAUGUCGAUAUCUUUUUUCUUUUGGGUUUAACUUCUUUAGCUUGUUAUUAACAUGGUUAGAUGUUAUGAUGGUGCUCAAGUUGUCUAUCUAUGUGUAGAAUUCAAAAAAAAAAAAAGUAGCAGCCGGGGCUAGCGGCAAGAGUUGUCUUGUAAGUAUGCCAGGAGCGUGAUGUAGGUUUUGUUGCUCAAUCUUCUCUAAUAUUUUCCCAUGCAAAUGAAUUGCCUAACCUCCCUGGAAUGCAUAGAUGAUCAAACAAAAAAGCCCAUGCAAAUACAAAAUUCUAUUCUGAAUGAA